GAGCCCUUUUCACAAUUCAGUACACAUAUAUACUCGUGCAUUUUCUCUUCUGCACUGCAAUCCCCCGACCGCAAGCAUCGAGAUAUUGAAGCUGCUGCACCUAACAAACCAUUCACAAUGCCGGUCGUCAAAUCCAUGUACGACCCCAAGGAUAUGGAGUUCCGCCACCUGGGCCCCACUGGGCUCAAAGUGAGCGUAUUCUCCCUGGGAGGAUGGCUGACUUACGGAGGCACUCAAAAGGGCAGCAUCGUCAAAGAUUGCAUGCAAGCCGCCUGGGAUCACGGGAUCAAUACCUUUGAUACCGCCGAGACCUAUGCCAACGGUGAAAGCGAGAUCGAGAUGGGACAGGCACUGAAGGAGCUCGACUGGCCUCGAGACGAAUACGUUCUCACCACCAAGAUUUUCUUUGGCACUGGCCGCAAGGAGCCCAACACCCGGGGCCUGAGCCGCAAGCACGUCGUCGAAGGCCUGAAGAGCUCGUUGCAGCGUCUCGACCAACCUUACGUCGACAUCGUUUUCGCCCACCGCCCAGACUACGCCACUCCCAUGAAGGAAAUCGUCGAGGGCUUCACUCAGGUGAUUCGCAACCUCAAUCUCGCCUACUACUGGGGCACUUCAGAGUGGAGCGCUGCCCAAAUCACCGAGGCCACCCAGAUAGCCGAGCGAUACAACCUCAUUGCCCCUGUCGCGGAGCAGCCCCAAUACAAUGCUUUCCAUCGUGAGCGAUUCGAGGUUGAAUUCGCUCCGCUCUACGAGAAAUUCGGAUACGGCACAACCACGUGGUCACCUCUUGCAUCAGGGCUCUUGACUGGCAAAUACAACGACGGCAUCCCGGAGAACUCUCGCUUCGCCACCAACAAAGAAUUCUUCGGGGAUAGCGCCAAGAGGCUGGAAAGCGAGGAAGGAAAGGCAAAGAUUGAAAAGGUCAAGAAGCUCACAUCAAUUGCAGAGCGUCUGGGUGGAACCACGGCGCAACUUGCUUUGGCUUGGUGCAUCAAGAACCCUAAUGUCAGCACCGUGAUUUUGGGAGCUACUAAAGUCGAGCAAAUUGUGGAUAACUGCAAGGCAUUGGGCAUUGCCAAGAAGAUCACCCCGGAGAUUUUGCAGGAGAUUGAGGCCAUCCUAGACAAUGCGCCUGCCCAGCCGCCUAACUAUGGCCGUGAGAGAUGAAUGGAAAUAUGGGGCACUUUAGGAUGAUAAAUCUCUAGGUUUAAAAUGGAGGUCCAGAAUCAUUUUAGUCUCAUCAUAUUUAUGCUCUGUGCCGAAGAAAUUGAUCCUAAAUGUGCCAUUUAUUCCGUCUUUCAUCUGCUUAAGCGCUCAGAUCGAAUGUUGCCCCUGGGCCGCCAUCGGACCACACGAGAGGUGACAAACAGCCUCGUUGUAGGACGCUACGGUCGAAACUAAAUGGGCAAAAUGCACGACAGCACCGAUGUAGAAUGGAAGCAGAAGUAGGCUCAAAAAGUAUCAUAGCAAUGAGAUUUAAAAGGCAGACUAGAG